AUGGUGCUCUCGUUGGUUACUUUGGCGGCCACGGUGCCUCUGAUCGCCACAUCAACCAUCCAGCUUCAGGAACAGAGUCAACGGAAACAAGAAGAGAGCGAACUCGAGCUCAAAAGAGAAAAAUGCCAUCUCAAUGGCCGGGCGACAAAACGAAUGAGUGCCAAGCGUCGAGAGCAGUUCCAGGACAUGAGGGUGGUGUUAGAUGACGGAAGCCUGUUCCUGGAGCCCAAGGCGGUCUCGCAAAAGCAUGCCUUCACUGGCUACUUCCUUCCAUACCCAGACAGAUCUUACGACGGCAUCGUCACCACCAUCAAUGCCGAAAACAUGCUCAACUGGAUCUUCAUCAACAAGGACACCUACCGAUUGCAGUAUGGCAUCCGCGCAGAAGCCCAACCACAAUGGACCGGCCCAAUGACCCUGGUACCCGGUCAAGCGUUGGAAGAAUGGAGGAUCGCAUUCAAUGGCUGGGAAGGUUUCGUGGCGGUCCAGGAGGGCGACGAAAGAUGGGCCAUCUAUUUCGACAAGAAUGACAAUGGUUUGGCGGGGAAAGUUGAGGGAAAUGCCGUGGUGGAAAUUGAAUUGGUCCGGGCGCCACUGGAACAAGAAACGAGGAGUGAUGAAGAGCCGGACUGA